AUGAAAAUCGCUAUCGUACUUGUUCUGUUCACAUUCUGCACAGUGUCGGUGCUUUUCAUACCUGCUGAGGCUGUUUUAACUCUGCAGCGUGGAUUUCAUGGUGGUGAAUUUUACAUUGAAGUCGAUCAGAAUUACAAUUGGUUUGAAGCAUCCCAUGAAUGUGCCCGAAAAAAUCUUACUUUACUUGAAAUAUUAGACAACGACAAGAAUCAAGAAGUAUUGAGCGCAUUGCAAUUCUACAUUGGAAAUUCUAAUAACUUUUGGCUAGGAGCCAAUGAUGAAUAUAGCGAAGCUAAUCCACGCCCAUUUUACUGGUCAUCUGGCAAACUUGUAACAUUUACAUAUUGGAGCAGUGGUCAACCGGACAAUUUAGACAAAGCUGAACAUUGUUUACACUUAUGGUCGGCAACAACAGAUUUCCAGUGGAACGACGAACGCUGUACUCUGAAAAUGGGAUUUAUAUGUGAAAAACCUGAAUAA